AUGACAUAUGAUUGUUUAGGUAUAAAUCUUCGUUGGAAUCAAACAGGUGUACGAAUUGCUGGCACUGGUACAUAUGGUUCAACUACCAACCAAUUUCACGAUCCACUUUGGAUCUACAUCGAUGCAAAUGACACACUCUAUGUUGCUGAUCAUCACAAUUAUCGAAUUCAAAAGUGGAAUCAAGGAGCGACGGUAGGCAUCACAAUUGUCGACACUAGCUCUGCUGAUGAUCAUCCUGAGGCUAUAACUUUUGACAAGAAUGGAUUUCUAUAUAUAACCGGUCAUAAUAAUAACCGAGUGGUAAGAUAUUCACCAAAUUUCAACAGCAGCACAGUUGUGGCAGGAAAAAUCGGUUCUAAGUCAUCAGCACUCGACGACCUCCACGAUCCCUUGGGCUUAGACCUCGAUAACGAUUUAAACCUUUACAUUGCUGAGAGAAGCAACCAACGAGUCAUGAAAUGGGGUCCAAAUGCAACAAACGGUACCAUUGUCAUUGGUACUUCGUCCACUCCUGGAUUCUUUGGACUUUUACUUUCACUUUACUCAUCUAAUGAAGCCUACGUAAGCUCUGAAGAUAAAAAUGCUGUCUAUUUGUGGACUUUCAAUGCAUCCACACCGAGAAUAACUCUUACGCAAGUCAAUGAUACUCCUGCAACGCUUAGUAAACCUAGAGGUAUGAAGUAUGAUAUUUAUGGGAACUUGUAUGUUGCCGACAAAUCUAAUAAACGUGUGGUGAUGUACUGCGUCAAUUCAACGAUUGGUAAGGUUGCGGUCAAAGAUACUUAUAGUGGACCUGGCCUUAGCAGUCCCGAAGAUAUUGCAUUUGACUCGAAUCUUAAUCUCUACGUAGCUGAUUCAAAUGGCCAAGCUGUGAUAAAAUUUCAAAGAUUAUGA